AUGAAAUUUGAGAUCGACGGACUCCCAGUCCUCUUUCCGUACCCAAAAAUCUACCCAGAGCAAUAUGAGUACAUGUCAGAUAUAAAAAAGACAUUGGAUGUGGGCGGCAAUUGUAUCUUGGAGAUGCCUUCGGGUACUGGUAAGACUGUCUCAUUGCUUUCGCUAACAGUGGCGUACCAAAUGCAUUAUCCUGAGCACAGAAAAAUUGUUUACUGCUCUCGUACCAUGUCGGAAAUUGAAAAAGCACUUAUAGAGUUGAAAAAUUUGAUGGAUUACCGGGCCUCCGAACUAGGGUAUGUGGAGGAAUUCAGAGGCUUGGGUCUUACCAGUAGAAAGAAUCUUUGCUUGCAUCCCACCAUUUCGAAGGAAAGGAAAGGUGCCGUAGUUGAUGAAAAAUGUCGUCGUGUCACCAAUGGUCAAUUGAAGCAGAAAUUGGAGAAGGAGAAUGUCUCCACAGAGCAAAUGAAUCAACACGCAGAUCAGUAUGGCCUCUGCUCAUACCACGAGAAGAUGUACGACUAUGACCAACACGAUCUUAUACCGAAUGGCGUUUAUUCGUUUGAGGGUUUGAUUCAGUACUGUAAGGAACAAGGGACCUGUCCUUAUUUCACUGUCAGAAGAAUGAUGCCAUUUUGCAAUGUGAUCAUUUAUUCGUAUCACUAUUUGCUAGAUCCUAAAAUCGCCGAGCGCGUUUCGCGCGAAUUGAGCAAAGACAGCAUUAUUAUUUUCGAUGAGGCGCACAACAUCGAUAACGUUUGCAUCGAGUCUCUCUCUCUCUACCUCACAGAUGAUACGCUAAAACGAGCUACAAGAGGUGCUAACAAGUUAGCAGACGCAGUUGAAGAAAUGAAAGCACAGGAUAAUGAAAAAUUACGAGAUGAGUAUCAAAAAUUGGUAGAGGGUCUCCGACAAAACGAGAUAGCUCGUGAAGAAGAUCAGUUCAUGGCCAAUCCGGUUCUACCUCAAGAUUUACUAGAUGAGGCUAUUCCAGGAAAUAUAAGAAAAGCCGAGCACUUCAUAUCGUUUUUGAAACGAUUUGUGGAGUAUUUGAAGACAAGGAUGAAGGUUUUGCACGUCAUCAGUGAGACACCGGUGAGCUUCUUGCAGCAUUUAAAAGAGCUCACGUUUAUCGACAAGAAACCCUUGAGGUUCUGCUCUGAGCGUUUGUCCCUCCUCGUAAGAACCUUAGAACUCUCAGAUGUUGAGGAUUUGAACGCUUUGAAGGACAUUGCUACCUUCGCGACUCUUGUGUCUACAUACGAGGAGGGUUUCCAGCUCAUUUUGGAGCCUUUCGAAACGGAGGGCUCAACAGUCCCCAAUCCCAUUUUGCACUUUACUUGCUUAGAUGCCUCUAUUGCGAUGAAGCCUGUAUUUGAUCGAUUCUCCUCCGUUAUCAUUACAUCUGGUACGAUCUCACCUUUGGAUAUGUACCCAAAGAUGUUGAAUUUCCAAACUGUGGUGCAAGAGUCAUACACAAUGACUUUGGCGCGCAGAUCAUUCUUGCCGAUGGUUGUAACUAAAGGCUCCGACCAAACCUCAAUUUCAUCUCGUUUCGAGAUCAGAAAUGAUCCUUCUGUUGUCCGGAACUACGGUUCUCUUUUGAUAGAAUUUGCGAAAAGCACACCUGAUGGUAUGGUAGUUUUCUUUCCGUCAUACCUUUACAUGGAGUCUAUCAUUUCGAUGUGGCAAACUAUGGGUGUUCUUGACGAAGUGUGGAAAUACAAAUUGAUUCUCGUCGAAACACCAGAUGCACAAGAAACAUCGCUUGCUCUAGAAACAUACAGAAAAGCUUGUUCUAAUGGACGUGGAGCAGUCCUAUUGUCUGUUGCGCGUGGAAAGGUCUCUGAAGGUAUCGAUUUCGACCACCACUUUGGUCGUACAGUAUUGAUGAUUGGUAUCCCAUUCCAGUAUACAGAGUCAAGAAUAUUGAAGGCUCGUCUUGAGUUUUUACGAGACCAUUAUCAAAUCAAAGAGAAUGACUUUUUGUCUUUCGAUGCCAUGCGGCAUGCCGCACAAUGCUUGGGGCGUGUUUUGAGAGGAAAGGAUGACUACGGUAUUAUGGUUCUUGCGGACAGAAGAUUCAAAAACAAGAGAGGACAACUACCCAAAUGGAUUUCGCAAGCCCUAUAUGAAGCAGACACAAACCUUUCUACAGAUAUGGCACUUGCGAAUGCCAAAAAGUUCCUACGCAAUUUGGCCCAGCCUACUAACCCAGACGAUCAGGACGGAGUUUCAGUGUGGGACCUUGAAAGACUACAGGAGUAUCAGAGACAAGAGAAGCUGCGCAACCCCAACAUUCAAGCUGAAGAGGAGAAUGUCGAUGUGGAUGAUAUGGAGAGCGCCAACGGGGACGCACCUGAUGAUUUCAUGGAUCUCGAUGAUGCAGAUCUCGAGAUGUUGUAG